CUCCUUUCCUUUCAUUAAACAAACAGGAGAUCCUGAAACCUGGACCCUGCGCAGGCAGCAGCGCCGGGGGGAGGCGGCGGCGGAGGAGGAGGCAGAGAGCAGGAUGGGCGCCAACGGGGAUCUGUGAUCCGCCGCACCCCCGCCCGGCGCGCGCGCACACACUCACACGCCCGCACACUCGCACAAACACACACUCGCAUACGCCCGCGCCGCGCGCUCGCCGGCUCGCUCUCCCACGCAGGCGGAAUGCAGCGGCGCCCCGGGAGCGGGUCUCCAGCCGCUGCCUGAAUGCACCUCGCUGCCGGGAGCCAGGCGGCCCAGUAGGGCGCCCAGGAGGACGCUCCGCCGCCGGAGCCUGGAGAGUUUCAGACGGCGUAGUCUUGUUACAUGAUCUGAGAAAUGGCUGUAGGAAACAACACUCGGCGAAGUUAUUCCAUCAUCCCAUGUUUUAUAUUUGUUGAGCUUGUCAUCAUGGCUGGGACAGUGCUGCUUGCCUACUACUUCGAAUGCACUGACACUUUUCAGGUGCAUAUCCAAGGAUUCUUCUGUCAGGAUGGAGAUCUGAUGAAGCCGUACCCGGGGACAGAGGAAGAAAGCUUCAUUACCCCUCUGGUGCUCUACUGCGUGCUGGCUGCCACUCCAACUGCUAUUAUUUUUAUUGGUGAGAUAUCCAUGUACUUUAUAAAGUCAACACGGGAAUCCCUGAUUGCUGAGGAGAAAACCAUUCUGACUGGAGAAUGCUGUUACCUGAACCCCUUACUACGAAGGAUCAUCAGGUUCAUAGGGGUGUUUGCGUUUGGACUUUUUGUGACUGACAUUUUUGUAAAUGCUGGACAAGUGGUCACUGGGCACCUCACACCGUACUUCCUGACAGUGUGCAAGCCGAACUACACCAGUACAGACUGCCGGGCACACCACCAGUUUGUAAACAACGGGAACAUUUGUACUGGGGACCUGGAAGUGAUAGAGAAGGCUCGGAGAUCCUUUCCCUCCAAACAUGCUGCUCUGAGCAUUUACUCUGCCUUAUAUGCCACGAUGUACAUCACAAGCACAAUCAAGACCAAGAGCAGUCGACUGGCCAAGCCCGUGCUGUGCCUGGGCACCCUCUGCACAGCCUUCCUGACAGGCCUCAACCGCGUCUCCGAGUACCGGAACCACUGCUCAGAUGUGAUAGCAGGCUUCAUCCUAGGCACUGCGGUGGCUUUGUUUCUGGGAAUGUGUGUGGUUCAUAACUUUAAAGGAACACAAGGAUCUCCUUCCAAACCCAAAUCUGAGGAUUCCCGUGGAGUACCCCUAAUGGCUUUCCCAAGGAUAGAAAGCCCUCUGGAAACCUUAAGUGCACAGAAUCACUCGGCCUCCAUGACUGAAGUCACCUGAGAUGACUAACGGGAUAUGAGCUAUUUUUUAUCACCUUCCAAUUCAAUACUUCAAAACACACAGUUACUCAAUGUCAAACUGUGAGGACAAGUAUUAUGUUUAUCUAGUUAGAGGCUAAUGUUUUUGUACAUUUUUUGUAUGAAAAAGUGAUGUAGCUUGCCCUGAUUUUUUUUUGGUCAGCUUUAACAUAUUUAUGCCAGAAUUUUAAAACCAACAAAAUUUUCUUCUGUUCAAGUGUGCAUUGACGAAUCACCUUUACUCAAUGGUUGAUGUUGUUUUGUGAUAUUUGUAUACAAAUCUUCUUUUCUCAGUUUUAUAAACACAAAUAAAAUUAAUAUAACAGUUCACUUUAAA